AAAAAACAACGGUACCAAGGAGCUCCUAGCUUAAACAGCUGUCAUAUCAGUGGUAUAGAAAUUAUAGUAAUAACUAUUUUCGGUGCUUGCUCUGUGUCAGACAUGGGGCUGAGUGUUUGAAAUACCUAAUACCUCUAUUUAAUCCUUGCAGCAACCCUGUGAGGUUGCAUUUCCAUUUUACAGAUAAGGAAAACUGAGCACGGAGAGUCUGAGUUAACUAGUCGAAGGUCAGACAGCUAGCAGAGGGUGAGCUGGGAUUUGAGCUUCAUCUGCCUUACUGCGGUGUUCUUGCUUCUGUUACCUGUCCAUACAUGUUCUAGAGAUUUUUGUUUGUUUAAUUUGAUUGUAGCCUGAACUGAUUUCUCUCAGGCGUAAUUUUCAUGGUUAUAUGCAAGAGCCCUAUGCCAACUUCUUUUUAGUUUUUAAGGAGUUUAAUGAGAAAAAUGUUUGCUCAUUAAAGAUUAAAAUGGAUAAUAAGUUAAGCUUGGAGUAAGGCCCUCACCACUGCCAAUGCAGUUUGAUUUGAAAUAAGAGUUGGGUUUAUUUGGUUGUUUGUAUGCUUCAUUACUGUUCUUCAUUAUUUGUGUUUCGAUACCAUUUUUAGUGAGUUCACUUUGCCUUUGCAAUAUGAUGACAGUAGUACUGAAGGGAAAUGAAAGAUUUUUCAAUGACAAUAAGUUAAUAUCUUACUGGAUACAGAAAAGGCACUGGAGAGAGACUGGAGUAAAAAGGAAUGAAGAGACUUUUGGCAUGUUGUUUAGAGCAAAUUGAGUUACUUACUAUGAAGGAUAAAGAAUUUCCACUGUUCCCAUGAGCAUCAGAAGGGAAGUCCUAUUUCCCAUGAGGAAAAAGGUUGGAUAUUAGAAUCUCCCAAAUCUCUUAGCCUUAUCAGGAUAUAAGAAUUUCCAUAUUCAACAUUCUUGUAGCAAAUGUAUAUUGAAUGCCUUCCAUGGCCGGGCACUGUUUUACACAUUGGGGAUGCAGGGGUGGGAAAAAAAAAAUCUUUGUCUUCAUGGAGCACUGGAGGAGUGGGUACAAUAAACAAAAUAAUUUGAAAAAAUUAAAAUAUAUCCAGUCAGAUGGUAACUGUUGCUAAGAAGAAAAAUAAAGCAUCUAAGGGGGAUAGAAGAACCAGAGAAGAAGCAGAUGCAGUUUUAAAAUAAGGAACAGCGUCAUGGAGAAGAUUCUUGUCUUGUCUCCCUCCGACAAAACUGGAGGGAGUGAAGGACAGCCAUGGAGCUAUCUAGGGGAAUAGUGUACCAGGCAGGUGCAGAAGCCCAGAAACUGCCAGUCUUACUGGAGGACCAGCAAGGAGGCCAGCAGGUUUGAGCAGAGCAUAGUCCAUCCGCUCCAUCAGAAUAAUGUCCUACGUUUUUGUAAAUGAUUCGUCUCAGACUAAUGUGCCCUUGCUACAAGCCUGUAUUGAUGGAGACUUUAACUAUUCCAAGCGGCUUUUGGAAAGCGGCUUUGACCCAAAUAUUCGUGACAGCAGGGGCAGAACAGGCCUUCACCUCGCAGCAGCCAGAGGGAAUGUUGACAUCUGCCAACUGUUGCAUAAAUUUGGUGCUGAUCUUCUGGCCACAGAUUAUCAAGGAAACACAGCCCUGCAUCUCUGUGGCCAUGUGGAUACUAUUCAAUUCUUAGUUUCCAAUGGACUCAAAAUUGAUAUUUGUAAUCAUCAAGGUGCUACACCCUUGGUUCUGGCAAAGCGCAGAGGAGUGAAUAAAGAUGUCAUCCGAUUGCUGGAAUCUUUGGAAGAACAAGAGGUAAAAGGGUUUAACAGAGGAACUCACUCAAAACUGGAGACCAUGCAGACAGCUGAGAGUGAAAGUGCCAUGGAAAGCCAUUCUCUCCUCAAUCCCAACCUGCAGCAAGGGGAAGGAGUCCUGUCCAGCUUCCGAACCACAUGGCAGGAGUUUGUCGAGGACCUGGGCUUCUGGAGGGUGUUGCUCUUGAUCUUUGUCAUUGCUUUGCUAUCUCUUGGCAUUGCAUACUACGUGAGCGGGGUGCUCCCCUUCGUGGAGAACCAGCCUGAACUGGUGCAUUAAAGGAGCCCAUGGGGAUGGGGCCAGUGCCUCUUCCCUGGCUUCCACUGUUUGUUCUGAGUUUCUCAAGCGUUUUCUCUUAGUGCAAGGCAGUGAGGGCUGUACAUUUUUUCUUUGUGCAUUUUUAUGUAUUGUAAUCCUUUUCGAACAACGUGUUCAUUUGAACCAACCACAUACCGUAGUCAAGUAUACUUCAUCCUAAAGCUACCUCUGACUCACCCCGACUUGUUAGGAAAGCCUUCACAUAGCCUUGUUUGAUAAAAACAUGGAGGUCCGUGACUGAAGAAUGAAAGAUUAAGGAAGAGACUAGGGAGUCUUGCUACAGAAACCUUACCUAAUAUGGGACCAACUAAAGUGAAGUAUUCAAAAAGAGAGAGGUUUUCUUCUGUGAUUACUUUUUGAUAGUUGGUUGGUUUAGGUUUUGUUUAUUUUUGCAAGAGCCCCUUUUUUUCUUUUUCUUUUUCUUUUUCUUUUCUGGGAAGAGGGGAGAGAAUGAAACAUUAAGCUUAAAACUUGAAGUGCUUUUUUCACAUCCUGUAUAGCAAAUCAGUAUGUGGGACUCUGUUUGGUUUAUUUUAAUAUUUUCAAGUCUAGUUACAAACCAAACAGAACUUUUGAAAAUGAGCUAUAUUUUCUUCAAAAAUGAUUGAUUUGAUAUUUAUUUGUUUAUAGGAUAGUUUUGGGUUUGUUUUUUUUUUUUGUAAACUGCUUUGCUUGUUGUUAAUAUCUGUGAAAAAAGAACUUGAGUUCAUUUUGUUCACUUUCCAGUUUCCCCUAGUGUUUAUAUCAAAGAACUCCUGUUCAUCAAAAAUAGUCAGAAAACUCUUUUUCUACUCAGUAGUUAGCAGGGAAAGAUCAUUCUGACAUCUGUCACUGUAAUUCUGUAGUGUUAUUAUUGUGAAAAAUUCCGUGCUACAGGCUAGCUGCGUUGUUACAACUGUAUCAUAGGUGAUAAUUAUUUCAUUUUAUAUGCAAUCCUGUUUAGAGGCCCCGUUAGAAUUGUCUUAACAGUCUCAUCCGUAUCAGUAAUUCUCUGAUGCAAGAGUGGAUGGAGCAUUUCUGAGGUGACGGUGCUGAGCACUAUUGUACUGGGUGCCGUAAACUCUUUACGGAUGGUGAUAGUAUGUAAAUUGAAAUCUGGUCCCCAAACUAUAUUGCAGCUUUCAGCAGUAUGUUUGAAGGCCUCUUCUGUCAAUGAGUGUGUUAUGUAUAAAUCAUAUUCUUGAUUUUUUUUAAAGUAUAUAAAGAGUUGAUAAUUAUUCACUGAGUAUAGUCAGAAAAUUGUAGUGAAAGAACUAAUGGUUUUAUUUUUUAGAACAAAGGCAUCUAAGCUACUGCUAAUUGAAUUGUUGCUACUUUAGAGUAGGAUUGACAUUUCUGUGAUUCUUGUUGCUUCUUGCUAUUUUCUCUUGUAUUUAUAUAUGUAGGAUUGAGGUGUUUUCUUUCAUGUGGCUUUAUCCUCUCUUAAAGAGCUGUUUAAAAAUUCCUGAUAUAACUGACUGCUUCAGGAUCAGCUCACAGAGUCUUGUUUUUAGGGUAGAAACAAAAUAAAUCAUACUUGGUAAAAGACAACAAAAUAAAAGCCGACUUCAGAAUGGAGAACACUAGAACUCAAAAUCAGAGUAUAUUCAGAAUGAAAGCUUUGGAAUUCGCUUUAUGUUUGUAAAUCUAGAUGAGCAGAAUUGGUUAACAUAUAUGUAAAGAUACUGCAUUUUUUAAAGAUUUUAAGUGCUGAUUUCUUUGUAUUUUAAUCUCUGCAUUCAGCAUUCAGUAAUACUACCAAUAAAUGCAUUUAUAGUAUCUUAAUCACAACCCAUUUUCUUAGUGUGUCAUUGUUUUCUUUUGAUUUAGGGCUCUUUGUAAUAGGUUGCAAUUGCCAGUUUAAAAAAAGUUUUUUUCAAACCUGCUGUAGCAGGUAUAUUGAAUUUCACAUAGGUUUGCCUUGUAAGUGCUCUGAAACUAAUUGGGGUGAAUUGCCUGUGGAUUCAAGAGUAAUGAUACCUACCAUGAUUAAGCACCUUUCUAUUGCGUAUUUUACUUAACAUGCCUCAUCUCAUGCCGUCGGUCAGCCCCCCGACCCAAGCUACAUUUUCCCAUUUUGUAAAGUGAGAAAACUGACACAGGGAGGGUUGUGACUUGUCCAGAGUCAGACAGAUAGGUCAUAGUGGAACAGGGAUUCCAAGCUGAAGCUCUGUCCCCAGUUAGAAGUUUCUGUUUUCCUUCUGCCCCACUGUCUGUCAUGCACCUUGCCUGCUGCCAUCACAACAAUACAUUACUAAAUUUUCCACCCACAUUCCUAAAAACUUUUCCUCCUCCUAUAAUGCGCCAUUUCCCACAUCCUCUCAGUAUUGCCAGCCUUUAAAAUUAAAGGUCUAACUUUGGCAUGUUCGGAAGACCUUCCCUAGUUAACCUUGACAGUCCAUUUCUCUGCCUUUUAUUUCCUCAUCAAUUACCGUACUAAAUAAACAUGUUUUUUUUUUUCAUUUGUCUCUAAUUACAAGCUUCACGAGAGCAGGGGCUUAAUAUAUGUUACUACCCAUUUGUCCACAGUGCCUCCUAUGUUGUGUAGAACUCUUUGUACACACAUAUUGACAGUAUUACUUUUUCACCUGUAGCUAUAUUUUUUCUAUUUAUUUAUUUAUUUAUUUAUUUAUUUAUUUAUUUAUUUUAAAGAUUUAUUUAUUUAUUUGAGAGAGAGAGAAUGAGAGAGAGAGCACGUGAGAGGGGAGAGGGCCAGAGGGAGAAGCAGACUCCCCACCGAGCAGGGAGCCCGAUGGCGGGACUCGAUCCCGGGACUCCAGGAUCAUGACCUGAACCGAAGGCAGUCACUUAACCAACUGAGCCACCCAGGCGCCCCUAUUUUUUCUUUUUAGAUUUAAAAGCUUUUUACCUUUCACAUGUUCUAACGGGCUGCAUGUGCGAACUGUGUUGGUCGUUCUUCUUCCAUGGUAUGCCUGUCGCUUGAUGGAAGAAUUGCACACUCGUGAACGGUGUAGCUCCUUUACAUAAGAGCAUGCAGGCUCAUUUACCACAGGUUAAAAAAAAAAAAGUAUAAUUGGUGUAUACUUGGUAUAGAAGUCUGUAACAAUAUUCACCUUUUGUUGUUUUGGGUGGGUUUUUUUUGUUUUUUUUUUUCUCAACCAGGCCUUAUUCUUUGUCUUACAAAGUUGUUUGUGUAUGUAUCAAAGUGCUUUCAGUUGCAGGAAACCAAAAUCCAAAUUAAAAGUGGUUUAAACCAUAGGAAAUUACUGAUUGAUGUAACUGGAAGUCUAGAGGUAGAGUAGACCCCCAAGAGUGACAAUCCAAAUUUACCUGUUUUCCUGUGCUUCUGGCUCUGCCCUCCUGCUUGUUCACUUCAUCCUCCAGCUGCUUCUGAAAUGAGUUUAGAAUUCUCAGGCCUCACAGCCAUUUGUAACCAUGAAGAGAAAAAGAAAGAGACUGUCUUUCCUGUGGUUUUCUCCUAGGAAACUUCCUGCCAGGCCCCCAGCAACUUCCUCUGUUUCAUUGGCUGACAUUAUGUCAUGUUCCCUAUUCUCAAACCAACCAUGGCCAUGCACUGACAGUGAAGCCUGGAUUGAUGAGCCAGUUAUUGGUGAGGGUUGGAGUGAUAGAACUCAUAUGAUUGGCUUGGAGCAAUGGUUUUAGAAAUGAGUGGAGGUACUGCUGGCAAUUACUGGGCAGGGGUCAGAGAUGUUUUAUGUCCCACAGCACAUGGGAAGGUUUAGCACAACAAAGAAUUGUUCCAUAUGUCAUGAUUCUUGAAUGGUCUAUUGAACAUUCAAAAAAAAAAAAAAAAAAAAAAAACAAGUUAUCUGAGCCUUAAACCCAAAUCCAUUUUUUAUAGAGUUUUAACAUACACUGAAUUUUCCAAGAAUACAACCAUGAGAUCAGUAAGGGAAGAUUCUACUUUAUUUUGUUAAAACUUGACCAAGAACCACACCUGUCUCAAAGAAUCUUGUUACCAGUGCUACUGGUGAUAAUUGAGUUACCAACACAAUUCUGUAUAUAGGUACUGAUGACUUUAUUGCUUCUUGUGUGGCUGUGCCUAUGCAUUUAUAUAUCGAAAUACACAUUUUAUUAUCCAUUACUUUGCCUUUAUUUUGCCUUUAUAUUACAUGACUUAUAUGAAAUCAUUAUAUUGAUUUUAGCAAUUGUUACUUUUAUCUGGGACUCAUAUUCAUUCUAUACCUUCUCUCAUUUGGUCAUCUUGAUGUACCUUUUCCAAAUAGUUUAUCUUAGAGGGUACACCAGGAAAUAGCAUUUCUCAAAGUUAAUAGAACACCGGGCGGGGGGCGGGGAGAAGAAGCCAGCAUCUGGUUAAACUACCCUUUAAAAUUGUUCGGUUCCAGAGUGCCUGGGUGGCUCAGUCGGUUAAACAUCUCCCUUUGGCUCAGGUCAUGAUCCUGGGGUCCUGGGAUCUUGGGGUCCUGAGCAGGGAGCCUGCUUCUCUCUGCCCCUCCCCUGCUUGUGCUCUCUCGCUCUCUCUCGAAUAAAUAAGUAAAAUCUUAAAAAUAAAAAAUAAAAUUGUUCAAGUCCAAACAAUUCCAACUGUGCUGAUCAAAGUAGAACUCUGGGAUCAAGCCCAUUCCUUUGUGCUCUGAAGUAGCUUCAAAGCAGUUUCCUAGGGAUGAUCUUGGCCUUGCCAUGGAUACCUCCUUGGCUUCCCUCACAGCACAGAUAGGUGGGCAUUCUGUUUAGUCACCUUGGACUUUGCACAUCAGAAACGGAGGUCCACAGUCCAAGGUGUAGGGGCUGUGUUUACAUGGCAGUGGAGGUGGCCACACUCCAGUUAGAUGUCAAGGGAUACAAUCUGGAGUCCUUGUUGCCAAAUGCCCAUCAAAAACUUAUAUUGGUAUUUAGAGAAUAUUACUUGGAAGAUAUUUAUAGAUCAGUACUAUUCAAACUUUCUGAAAUUUCUGUAUCUGUGCUGUCUAGUGCAGUAACCACUGGUUAUUUGUGGUUAUUUAAAAGAAAUUUAGUUCUUCAUUAGCACAGUUAUCUGAGCCUAAAACCCAAAUCCAUUUUACAUUUGAAAGCAAAACUAUCCACAUUUCUAGUGCUCUGUAUCCACAAGAGGCUAUUGUAUUGAAUAGCACAGAUUUUUGCAGAAACACUUUUGAACAGCACUGUUCUAAAAAUCUAUGGGGUCAAGUCAGAUCAGUGUAGAGCUAGAUACUGAAUUGUAUUAUGGCAGUACCAACCCCAGUUACUUCUACUAAGCUCUUCACUAAUAAGUGGUAAGUAACACUAUCCAAUGCUCAUUAACUUGCUUAAUCUUUGCAAAUUGCUGUUGUUAUCCUCACCUCACAGUUAAAGAAACUAAGGCACUUGAGCCAGGUCGGAAUAACCUGCCCAAGGUCACACAGUAGAGCUGGGAUUUGCACUUGGACAGUGUAGGACUGGAAUCUCUCCUAACCAUCGUGCUGUGAUGUCUCCCUCUGCUUGGCUGUGAUGCCAUCAUUUUCAAGUAAGAAUUGUCUUGAGGACUAGCCCUGUGUACCCACCCACUGCAUCUACUUAAGGAAAGUUACUGAGGAUGCUGUUGGCAUAAUUCUUUAUGAAGACCCCCAAAGAGGAGCUUUUGCUUAUUCCACUGCAAGCAACUGCGUUUCCGCUGAGCUUUUGCUUUCAUCUUAUUUUCUCUAUGAGUUAUGUAAUUGAUCAGGUAGGCUUCCUCAUUCAUACAGGAUGUUGGAAAGCUUAAUGCCAAAUUUGGGUUCCACUAGAAGCAGUUGUAAUGGAGGCCGUUAAUGGUGAUUUAUUAGAACCUCAUUCCUGGCUUAUUUUGUAUGCUCAUCUUUAGUUUUAUUUUCCUGUUCUAAAUGUUCACUUUUUAUUUAUGCAAUUCUGUAUUAUUUAAGCCCCCUUAAUUUAUUUUUGGAUCAUGAUAGGGGAUGAUAGUUAGUUAUUUUUAUUAGUAUGAAUUGAUAGGACCACAACAAAACUGUCAGUUUCUGGAAACUAACAGCAGAAAAUGCACUGACCUUUUGCAAUGGAAAACAGUAGUUUGUUGCCUCCUAUUCAAAAUACAAUUAUUUCAGCCCCUAAGAAACAAAAAUAGGUUUCUGGCAUAGCUGCCAUUGUUAGUUUACUUUAUUCAUAUGUCUCUCUCUUCCAAAAAAGGAUUUAAGUUCUGCUGAAUAAGCAGGUAUUAUUCUAAACUAUGGAAAUCGAAUGUCCUGGUUCUCUUCUAGCAUUCUGAUGAAUCGUGAGUGAAGCCUGAAAAAUGAACAUUGUAACAAGUUACUAUAAUCACAAAAUUUUAGAGAUGAAGGGACAUUAGGAGUCAUCUAGGGAGGGGAAAAAGACCAAGAGGGAUGGAAUGACUGGUCCCACAAGUAAGAAAGGGGCAGAACGGUUUUGUGAAUCCAGAUGUAGUGUAUUACUCUUAUCACACUUCCCUUACCCACAUCUCCAGCUUCCCCAUAGGCUAUCGGAAAUGUUACUUAAAAAUACAAGUAUCUGGUGUUAGAUACAUAAAUACAAACUUUCUUGCCAUGGUGUUUUGGGUACUUAAAUAGUUAACCAAAAUACUGAUCUAAUCAGUGAGUUGAUCAUGUCAUAAGCCAAGAAUGUAUUUUUCUGUAACCCCAGUCUAUUUGUUUAUGGGAGAAUCAUCAUAAACCUAUCAUUUUCUCUUGAUAAACACUUUGAGAAGUCUUUCACUUCUAAAAAAAAAAAAAAAAAAAAAAAAAUCCACAUCAGAUAAUGCACGUUCUCUGUAAAGCACCUUAUACUGUGGAAAUGCUGUGGGGAGGCUAAGCAGAAGGCCCCAGAAUUUCCGUCAGAGGCACGGUGUUGCCUGUUUCUCACUGGUCAGCCACAGUACUUUUUCUUAUUAGAACAACUAACUAUUUCUUCAAUCCCGUCGUCUGCUGUAUACUUUUAAUUCAAGGUAGGGGGUCGAUGGCAGCAGGACUAGGAAUGUGAGCCCUGAGUUAUAAAUGCCCUGCUUGAGGGUGCUUCACACAGCUGUUCUCCGCUUGGUUCUCUCGUGUAUCAGACAUGUCUUAGGCAUGUCAAGUGAGCUCUUCAGUACGUGUUCCCAUGUGUCCUUUCCCACAUCUUUGGUAGUAUUUUUUAAAAAAGCAGUGAGAAACGAGUGAAGAUAGGAGAAUAACCCACAGUCAGAAAAAAACUAUCAUUGUAUCUACUUAGGAAUCACUCACUUAGGGGUGGUCAGUAGAUUCUUCUUGCCCCCUUUUCCUUCCUAAAGGUUUUGUUUUUAAUCUAGGUUAUUUUUUUCAUGUCCAAAUUAGUCUAAGGAUCAAUUUAAUAAUAAGCUGACUUAGGGUAAUUCCAACUUGAGAUGUACAAUAGUUAAUCUACUCUUGAGAAAAAAAAACUAAAUGGAUUAAUUUUUUAUUUGUAGGAAUCAUCACAAGUUACUGUGUGCAUAUAUUAUUUUAUGGACAAACCUAUUUCAGCAAAUUUCAGUUGUUUAUCUUUCUCUUUUUUGCAGUAUUCUUCUUUGUGCUUUUAAAAUUGUAUGGCAUGCAACGUUAGCUCUACAGAAUACUUGUGUAUUUUUGUAUGUGUCCAUAAGCCAUAAAACCUUUUUGGAGGUUAAAGAACAAUUGUCAGCCUACUUCUCUUGCAUCUUCAUGGUGCAAAUGGCAAGUAUUUAGAAGUGUGGCAUUGCGAGUUAGUUAUUUCUUCCUAUAAUUGAGCUAGGAGAAGGUUAUUCUCUGUCACAAUAAAAAUUAAUGUUCCCUUUCUUUGGGGAUUAAUUUCUAAAUUUGAAGACUCUGGGUCAGAGUUGGCUGGGCUGUUUCACUGAAAUUUCAGCCCUGAAGAAGCGAAAAUAGGUUUUGGAAUAGUUUCUAGGUCACUGGCACAGAAAGCUGGCAAAAAGCUAUAACUUACUUUGGAUAGUCCUAGUUAGUACAGUUCCAUCAGCACAAGCUGUUCUUUAGCCUGUGACUCAAGUUUAGGAGAAAAUAAAAUGUAGGGAUCCCCAAGUUCUUACUGUGUAGUAAACGUUUAGGCUUGGAUUCUCCUGUAUUUUAGUAGAACCCCUGACUUGAGGGGAGGGAGACAUAGUUAAUCAGAUGUCAGUUCUAUAUUUUACCUUACUGAACUGUUCACAUUCAUCUGUUAUUUUAGCUUAUGUUCCAGCUCUGGAUCAGACAGUGGAGGCUGUGGUUAUACUGAAAAGCAGGCAGACUUGGGAGUUGAUAGAUCUCAGCUGUACUUAGUGUGGACUGACCUUGGUCAAAUAAUGUAAGCUUUCUAAACCUCUGUCCUCAUCUGUAAAACAAUUAAUACCUACCUCACAGACUUAACAAUGAGUAAAAAUAACUUGAGUGCUGUGUGCCUGCAAGUAUGUGUGCCUGGCCCUAUAAAUGUUGAUAGUGUUGUUAUUCCCAUAAAGAAAACAAGGCUUGAAAAAUUUAGUAUGUUUCCUGAGGUCAU